GUGCAUCCUCAGUGAGGGUCAUGUUUUCGAAAGUGGAAGCACUGUUAUUGUGUUUUUCGAACUUUUGGCAUAGAUGCAAAUAUUAUUUUAAUUUUUUAUAUUAUUUUUAUACCAGCAUGGUUGGAUAAUGGCGAGUAGUUUUCUUUGUCCAAAACCGGAGUGUUUUCAUCUUUCCUUUACUACAUUCAAUCGUUUUUUAAACCACCUACGCGAUAAUCACAUUCAUGAGCCAGGGUUCAAAAUAAAAUGUCCAGUGCAGUCAUGCUUUCGCUCAUAUUCUGUUCUCUCCUCUCUAACUUCGCAUGUUUCCCGUAAACAUGGAAAGGAAAAAGUAAUAAAUGAUGACGUUGGUUCAAGAAAUCCCGAAAACGAUGCACUAAACCGAUUGGAUAAUACAAUCGAAUGUAUACCGAAGACACCCAAGACAGGAGAGGCUUUCUCAAAGAGACAUUUAGCUUUAUUUGCCCUAAAGACGCAAGAAUUAAAUCAACUAACUGACAGUACAACAAACAAGGUGAUAGAUAAUACAACAGAAUUACUCCAACAACACGAGGCCCAUGUUAAAGAAAAGAUUAGACUGUGUUUGGAUAAAAGUGGGAUUAAAAUCAGUGAUAUUGAUGGAUUGGGAGUUGUCAUGAACUUGGAACAAACACCCAACAUGGAAUUCCUGAAAUCCACUAAGAAUAGGAACAAUUAUAUAUCUCAAGAAUUUAAGAUAGUGAAUCCAAUUGAGAUAGUCCUUGGGGAGAAAUAUAUGUAUGAUGAGAAUACAACGAAUGGUUCAUCGAAAGUGAAAGUGCAUUCAUUCCAGUACAUAUCAUUCAUCCAGGUCCUUCAACAGCUGCUAAAUCAAAUUGAUGUUUACUCACAGAUUGAAAAUUCUCAUAGAAGUGUUGAUGGGAAAAUGAGGGACCUUUGUGAUGGUGCUGAUUUUGGAGUGGGCAAACAUCCACUUUUUUCCUUAAAUUAUAAGGCUAUCCAAUUAAUUUUAUAUUAUGAUGACUUCGAAGUUUCCAAUCCACUAGGAUCAAAAGCUGUUGUACAUAAAAUUGGUGCCUUCUAUUGGGUGUUAGGAAAUUUCCAUCCCAAGUAUAGAUCAUGCCUAAAAAAUUUGAAUCUUUUGAUUCUUUGUCCAGUCAAGUGGAUUAAGAUGUAUGGUAUGGAUAAAGUCCUCAGGCCAUUCAUGAGUGACCUUGCUAUGCUUGAAUCAGAACAUGGCGUACAACUCAAUAUAGCAAAUCAAAUUAUUCCAAUUAAAGGAACAUUAAGUGUAGUAAUUGCAGAUAACCUUGGUAGCAAUUCAAUUGGAGGUUUCAUGGAGAGUUUCAGUGCAAAUCGGCCGUGUAGGUUCUGUCUGGGCACAUCGGUGGAAUUUCAAGAAAGGUUUUCUGAAGAAUUAUUCACGAUGAGAUCCCGAGAAAAUUAUGCCAGGCAGGUGGAUUUGGUUUCCACUGAUCCAGAAUCAGCUUCUGUAUAUGGUGUAAAAAAGAACUCAGCCCUAAAUGCUUCUAAAUAUUUCCAUGUUGUUGAUGGACUUCCUUCUGAUAUCAUGCAUGAUAUCUUAGAAGGUGUACUUCCUUUCCAAAUUAAAGCGAUGUUGAGAAAAUUCAUCAUGGUGGAUAAAUUUUUCACACUUGAUCAGUUCAACAACGCGCUUUCAGCAUUCCCAUAUGGUGUUUGUGACAUCAAGAACAAACCAAGCUUGGUAAAGAAUGUCAAUCUUAGUGAUUACCAUUUACGCCAAUCAGCAUCACAAAUGUGGUGUCUUUCUAGAAUCCUGCCAUUUUUGGUUCACAAAUGGAUACCAGAAGGAAAUGAUGACUGGGAAUUGUUCACUGAUUUAAUGCAUAUUGUUGAUAUAUUGUUUGCCCCAGUGAUUGAGAAAGGUACUACACUCUAUCUUCGGCUCAUAAUCAGCGAGUAUCUGGAACAGUUUAAAAGGCUCUAUCCUGAAAGAAAACUUAUUCCAAAACAGCAUUUCAUGGUUCAUUACCCAAACCAAAUUCUAAGAUAUGGACCCCUUGUGCGCAACUGGUGCAUGCGCUUUGAGGCUAAGCAUCAUUAUUUUAAGCUUUUGGCGCAGACUGUAGGUUGCUUCAAGAAUAUAGCAAAGACAUUAGCUACCAGGCACCAACGGCUUCAGUGUUACUGGCUUAGUGACAGUGAUGGCUAUUUAAGGAGUGAUACUGAGGUUGGACCAGGUUAGUGAACAACAAAAGUGCAUACUGGAUAUUAGCUGGAAUUUUGUAAUGGUUUUUAGGAUGUUAAAUGUUGUUAUAAGUAUCCUUUAUUUCUACUUCAUGUAUUUAUUAAUAUUCUGCUUAGGUAAAGUUUUUAUGUGAAGGAUCUGGAAGAGAAAGAAUGCACCUCACUGUGCCAGUUGGGCAACAAUUUGGAUCAGAAUUCAACUGUGACACUGUAAGUUUGUUCUUAUAUAUGGUAAAAAUUAUUUAAAACUGGACUGAAAAGUGAAAACUAUAUUCUUAUUCUAGGUUGAAUUGGGUGAAAGUCAAUGGUUACAAGUACAAAAAGAAUAUGAUCAUAGUCUAUCAGCAAUUAAUUUUUCCUGUGUUUCUUUUUAUACAUAAUGUUUUUUUUAUGCCAAACAUGGAUGUUAUGUUUUCUUGCAAGAAAGUAAAUACAGUUGCUUUUAGCAGGCACAUUCAUUGCUAUGAGGUUGAAGUUUUGGACGAAUUUGUGCCCUUAUUAUUUUCUGGGAUGCUAGAUCAUCAUCCUCUAGAUCUUUAUACCAUUAUUGUAAAUAGAGAAUCA